GAUGUUCCUCCAUCCAUCUGAGCUGAGCCUCUCCGCCGUGCGCGCAGGAGGAGGAGGGGCGACAGGGAAAACCCAGGAAGGGGUUACAAAAUAUCGCGUCAGCGCCUUCUCUCCGAUUCUCGGGAUACGGAGGCGCAGGGGGGGCGACGACCGAGCGAGUGGAACGGACGGCCGGGAGUUUCAACUUGGUUCUGCAGAAAACAAAGGACGUGUUCUUCUUACUCACGGUGAUGUUGACGGGACCGGACGGCCUCCUCCUCCUCCUCCUCCUCCUCCUCCAGCAUCAUCAGCAUCAUCAUCAGCAUCAUCAGAGAUCUCAGCCCGACCGAGGUGCUCAAGGGUGAAGACGCGCCUCCGAGCGGCAGAGAGUCAAAGCUCUCGUCCGGUUGUUGUGAUCCGUGAACGCGCCGCCCAUCAUAACCCAAUUUUGGGGUGGAAGCUCGCCUUCUUUCCUUCGGGAGGUUUGUCGGGAGAACUUUGCUUUUUCGCGCGUCCGAUCGGCUGCAUCCUAUACGGGGACAGUGCGAGUGUGUUUGCGGGGACCAGUCGGGGCCUGCACACGCUCGGCCGCUGCGCGUCGGAGCGCACGGACCUCUGGCCAAAGAAAUGUCAAGGAUGCUCCGCGGAGGAGCGCAGACCGCGGAGGCUGCGGCGGCGUGACUGUCAACGCCGACGCGCAGGACACGGGUCGGAGAGAGACAACCCCUUGAACCGCUUGACAUGUGUGCGUUUCCGUGGGCUUCUUCGACGUGACACCGGACCCUCCCUCUCUCCGAGUGUGCGCAAGGACGCAGCCGCCGCCGCUGCCGUGCGGGUCGGGUGUGUGCCGGUGGAUGCCGCAGCCCCGCUGGGUCACAACAGACCGCAAAGACUGACGGGUGAAGAGACACCGUGUUGGAGAGGGGGGGGAACCCCCUUGCCGGCAGCCCCGCCGCCCCUCGUCACGCCAUGGAUGACUCGGGGAUCAUCCGGCGCCGGAGGCUGCAGAAGGAUUUGCCACUGCCUCGCAAAAGCAGCAGUUGUCGCACCAGCAACAGGAAAAGUCUGAUCCUGACCACCACGUCUCCUACGCUGCCUCGCCCACACUCCCCCUUGCCCCUCCCCGGACACCUCGGAAGCAGCCCCCUGGACAGCCCACGGAACUUUUCUCCCAGCAACCCGGCACACUUCUCGUUCGCCUCCUCCAGGAGAACGGAUGGACGACGAUGGUCUUUGGCAUCAUUGCCCUCUUCUGGAUAUGGCACUAACACUCCCAGCUCUACGUCGUCCAGCUCCUCACAGGAGCGGCUGCACCAGCUGCCCUUCCAGCCCACCAUGGAUGAGCUCCACUUCUUAUCCAAGCACUUUGGCAGCACCGAGAGCAUCACGGAUGAUGAUGGGGGCCGCUCCUCUCCCCACAUGCGGCUGCGCUCCCGCAGUCUCAGCCCGGGACGCUCCUCCUCCAGCUAUGAUAAUGAGAUCGUCAUGAUGAACCAUGUGUACAAAGAGCGAUUUCCAAAGGCCACGGCGCAGAUGGAGGAGAGGCUGGCGGAGUUCAUCCAGGAGUUCUCCCCGGAAAACGUUCUCCCACUGGCUGACGGAGUGCUCAGCUUCAUCCACCACCAGAUUGCCGAGCUGUCCAGAGACUGCCUGACCAAGGCGCGCGAGGGCCUCAUCACAUCUGUCUACUUCUUUGAGCUGCAGCAGAAUCUGGAGAAGCUUCUUCACAAUGCCUUCGAGCGUUCAGAGAGCACCGAGGUCGCCUUCGUCACAGAGCUGGUGAAGAAGCUUCUCAUCAUCAUCUCGCGACCUGCCAGGCUUCUGGAGUGUCUGGAGUUUAACCCUGAGGAGUUUUACCAUCUACUGGAGGCAGCGGAGGACCACGCCAAGGAGGGUCAUCUGAUGAAAACGGACAUUCCCCGUUACAUCAUCAGCCAGCUGGGAAUGACCAGGGACCCUAUUGAAGAGAUGGUAAACCUCGAUAGUUACGACAGCGAGGGACCACUGACACCUGAAACAGAUGACUCAACAGAGGGGAAGAUGAGAGCCGUGAAACCACCAGGAGAAGCAGACUUCCAGACCAUCAAGCUGAUCAGUAAUGGAGCAUACGGCGCCGUGUACCUGGUGCGUCACCUCGAGACACGGCAGCGGUUCGCCAUGAAGAAGAUCAACAAGCAAAACCUGAUCCUGAGGAACCAGAUCCAACAGGCCUUUGUGGAAAGAGACAUCCUCACCUUUGCGGAGAACCCGUUUGUCGUCUCCAUGUUCUGUUCAUUUGAAACCCGUCGCCACCUCUGCAUGGUCAUGGAGUACGUGGAAGGUGGAGACUGUGCCACUCUCCUGAAGAACAUUGGAGCUCUGCCUGUGGAAAUGGCACGCAUGUACUUUGCAGAGACGGUCCUCGCACUGGAGUACUUACACAACUAUGGCAUUGUACACCGUGACCUCAAGCCUGACAACCUCCUGAUCACCUCGAUGGGACACAUCAAGCUGACGGAUUUUGGCCUGUCUAAGAUGGGUCUGAUGAGCCUGACCACAAACUUGUAUGAAGGACACAUAGAGAAGGAUACCCGGGAGUUCCUGGAUAAACAGGUGUGUGGAACUCCAGAGUACAUUGCCCCGGAGGUUAUUCUUCGUCAAGGUUACGGGAAGCCGGUGGACUGGUGGGCCAUGGGCAUCAUCCUGUACGAGUUCCUGGUGGGCUGUGUGCCCUUCUUCGGAGACACUCCCGAGGAGCUGUUUGGACAGGUCAUCACAGAUGACAUAGUGUGGCCAGAAGGGGAUGAGGCUCUCCCUCUUGAUUCCCAGCACCUCAUCUCCUCCCUCCUGCAGACAAAUCCACUGGUUCGUCUGGGCACAGGUGGUACUUUUGAAGUGAAGCAGCACUCAUUCUUCACAGAGGUGAACUGGAACAGCCUGUUGAGACAGAAGGCAGAGUUCAUCCCUCACCUGGAGUCGGAGGAGGACACCAGUUAUUUUGACACUCGCUCUGAGCGCUACCAUCAUGUGCAAUCGUACGAUGAGGACGAUACCAACGAUGACGAGCCUGUGGAGAUCCACCGCUUCUCAUCCUGCUCCCCCCGCUUUAGCAAGGUGUACAGCAGUAUGGAGCAUCUGUCCCAGCUGGAGCACAAACCCCAUGUCGUGACUCUGCGGGAGCACAAGGUCCCCAGGGAGGAUCGACUGGCCAAAAGAGAAAGCCUGGGGAGCGUCACCCUCAGGGACAAGAGCUGGAGGACAGGAUCGCCCGAGAUGAAGCGCUUCUCCUGCUCUGAGUCUUCCUUCACUGAGAGUGACUCCAGCCCACCUUCCGGGACACGGAGACGUUUCUCUGCCCUCAUGGAGACACACCGCUUCGCCUCCCCUCUCGAAAUCGACUCUGAGCUGCUCGUAUCCAGCAGGCAGCCUGCAGUGAAGGCGAGGGGAACUUCCCUGGAAGGAGCCAUGGGUGCGGUCUCCUCUCAAGGCGAUCUCAGAGCACACCUUAAAGACAGCAACGGGCUCACAGUUGGCGACAAGCUUUUGAGACCUGCUGAUGUGUCGUUGCCGCUACCAGGCAGUGGCGCUGUCGCGGGGCUUCCAGAGGCGCAGGGGCCCCGCGGGGCCACCACUGACCUUGUGCUGCGGAGGGUUCGCCACCAGCAGCUCUCAGCCGAGGGAGAAAAACAGACCGCACGACCAGGAACCAAAGUUAUCAAAUCUGCUUCUGCUACUGCUCUGUCUGUCAUCAUUCCUGCAGUGGAGCAACAUGGCGCCUCCCCCUUGGCGAGCCCCAUGUCUCCUCGCUCCCUCUCAUCCAACCCCUCCUCCCGUGACUCUUCCCCCAGCAGAGACUACUCUCCAAUGGUCAACGUCCAGCAUUCUCCAAUCACCAUCCAUCGCUCCGGGAAGAAGUAUGGCUUCACUCUCCGAGCCAUCAGGGUCUACAUGGGGGACAGUGAUGUCUUCAGCGUACAUCACAUGGUCUGGCAUGUGGAGGAUGGAGGUCCCGCCCAGGAGGCUGGACUCAGUUCUGGUGACCUCAUCACUCAUGUAAACGGGGAGUCAGUCCACGGUCUGGUUCAUACAGAGGUGGUGGAGCUGAUCCUGAAGAGUGGCAAUAAGGUGACAGUCACAACUACUCCCUUUGAGAACACUUCUAUAAAAGUGGGCCCCGCCCGCAAGUCCAGCUACAAAUCCAAGAUGGCGCGGCGCAGCAAGAGGACAGGAGCCAAGGAAGGGCAGGAAAAGAAGCGCAGCUCCCUGUUCCGAAAAAUCACCAAGCAGGCCAACCUGCUCCACACCAGCCGAAGCCUCUCCUCUCUGAAUCGCUCGCUGUCGUCUGGAGACAGUCUCCCAGGCUCCCCCACCCACAGCCUCUCCGCCCGCUCGCCCACUCAGAGUUACCGCUCCACUCUUGAAUCCCCUUACCUGGGCACCUCCUCCCAGAGCAGCUCCCCGGCAACCAGCACCCCGAACUCCCCGGCAGCCUCUCACCACAUGAGGCCCAGCUCCCUGCACGGCCUGUCUCCCAAACUCCACCGCCAGUACCGCUCUGCGCGUUGCAAAUCCGCCGGCAACAUCCCUCUGUCCCCUCUGGCUCACACUCCCUCCCCGACCACCUCCUCCCCUCCGCCUCUCAGCGGCCACACGGUAGGGAGCUCCAACACCUCCCAGAUGUUCCCCGCCAAGCUCCACUCCUCGCCUCCUGUUUCCCGCCCUCGUCCCAAGAGCGCGGAGCCACCCAGAUCCCCCCUGCUGCAGCGCGUGCAAUCGGCGGAGAAGCUCGGUGCACCGAUUCUGCCCUCCUCUUCUUCGUCGUCGCCGUCACCCUCUCCUCUGACAGGUGGGGUGUCGUUGCGCAAGCAUAGCCUGGAGGUGACGCACGGGGACUACAGGCGAGAGUCUUUCCACUGUGAGCACAGCCUGCAGAGUCUGUUAGAGAUGGAGGGGGAGAAUGGACCUGCACCCCCAUCUCCUUCGUCGUCUUCCUCGCCCUCUCCUCCCAUGGGAGGGGAGAUUGGAGGCCUGAAGCCCGUGAGAAGGCUGGGAAGGCAGGAGUCGCCCCUCAGCCGUGACACGCUGCUCACAGCGAGAGACAAAGGCAAAGAUACUCAAACCACCGGCUCGCAAACAGAGAGUGUAGCUACUAAAGCUCAAUCCAAAACCAAUGUUGUUGACGCAACUAAAACAUUAUCCACUGCUGAGGUUCUAAAGAGUCAUGUAAGUGCAGCGGCUGUGGAGACCAAGUCUAGUCCAGCACUAGUUUCCUCUAUAACAGAGACCAAGCCAUGGCCUGGGGACAAACCUCCAAUUGCAUGUGCUUCACUUACUGAGGCGACAGUCUCCAAGAGUAAACUUGCAGAGAAAAGCUCAACUCCGGGAACAUCCAAGGCCGUGCUACAACAAGAGAGUAAGCAGCAAAGCGCACGGACAGACAGUGGAGCUGCAACCAAAGCUCAGGUGAAGACUGAGGAGAAAGUGAAAGUUACCGCAGCUACAGAAAAAGAUAACAUGCAGAGAGCCUCGUCUACAGAACAGUCCAAGGCACGAAGAGGCACAGAGACGGGAGAGAAAGGAGGUGGCGGUGGAGGCGAUAGAGCGACUGAGACGACAAAGGUCAAAGGUCCAGCGCCCCCAGCUCCGACCCAGGUUCAACGCCACGCCGCAGCUCAUGUGCCAGCUGCUGCCAGAUCCAAAGUGGAGAGGGUUUCAAGCAGUUACCGUGGGAACAAGGAGGAGAGGGCUCACUUGGAAGUCCUGGAGGAGAAUCCCAUGUCGCCCUCCUCCAACGCAGCCUCGCCCUGCUCAAGCAAGUCUCGCCCCAUGCCUCCGGGGGACAAGGCCAGCUUUGUCACCCAGCUUACGAGUGUGGCCAAAACAGUGCUCGGGCCCAUGAAAGGAGUAUCUCAAGACGGAGGCAAGGUCAAAGACGCGGCCAGGACGAGCGAGGAGAAGCGGGGACACACCACGGGAAAAGCAGAGGCCUCGUCUGGGGUCGGACGUCGGGGGGCUCAGACAGCAGCGGCGGCCAGCGCUGGCACAGUCCAGUCUGAUAAAGGAACCUGUCGCAGCUCCAAGCAUCAUUCAUGAUCGGGCAACUCAGAAAGAGUCAGACUCUCCCAUGUAAUGCCUUUAACUGUAGCAUCCUACUGACAUAUCGUGAAUCAACGUGACUUUGAAAUGAAGGGGAGACACAAAUGCCUGAAGAAAUGACACCAAACAGAAGACGUGUGACAUGUAGACACAUGAGAUGUGAACAAAGACGCAUCAGCUACUGUUGGAAAAAUGUGUGCACAUGGUAUCAUAAUGUAGGCCUGUGUAUGUGCUGUAUGUCCUUCACAAUGUGUUGUUUAUAGUUAAAAAAAAUAAUAGCAUAUGUCUUAGAUGCAUGUCUUACAAUGUAUGUGGAAAAUGAAAGCAUAUUUAAAAAGAUGGUGAAAAAAAUAUAAAGCAGACCUUAAGGUAGUGAACACUGUGAACAACAUUUCAACAGACCACAGCAGGCGAACUGUUAAACUCCAUGAAAACAAGCAGGAUUCCGUUUUCAGAUAUAGCUAUCGUUUAGUUCAGUACAGUACUUACUGCGUCAGGCAUCAGACGCAGAAACGGUGGUCUUUGCAUCACGUGGUGAAGAGUUCCGCAAAAACGCACCGGAAACUGGACCAAGAGACCAAAAUGCACGCAGUGAUUGAAUCAGUAAGUGUAAGUCGGCUGGUUUGCAUCAGAGCUUGUUCAAGGGCUGAAUUUCUGUGGGAUCGAAGGAGGGCCGAUUUAAUGAACUUGCACAGGGACACUAUGCAAUCUGCUAAUCACGCCAGUUCCUUUUUUGGGUGUCCCCAAUUACUGAGUUUACAUUGUGUGUAGGACUAAAGACGAGAAGACAGACUCGAGGGUUGCAAUAAGCCAAGCAAAACGCAAUUGAUUUAUAAAAAGAUGUCGUCACUGAUCGUAGUGAAAUGUGCAAUUAUACUGUACUGCAUAUCGUUGGCUGUUCGGAGUCUGGUGAGGAGACGAGGUGUGAGACAAAGAACCUUGAUGAAUGCUGCACUUGCGAGGGAGUAGGUUAGAAAUGCUCUUUUUCUAUUUAUGCAGGAGUACAGUUUAUUGUAUAAUGUUACGUGUGAAGGAAAGUGCCAGUGUUCUUAUUUAGGGAUGAUGUGAUUUAUUUAUUAUUCUUUUGUCGUCACUUAAACGUAUAAUGAUAUGCAAAUCCAUCAGUGCCCAGUUCCAUAAAUCUGAGCAACCCUAGUUGGUGAUACAAGUAGACCACACAAAGCCAGAUUUUUAUGGAGAGCGUCGUAGUGUUUGUUCAACUCACAUGGUUGACAGGUUUGGGACACCAGGCUCAGAGCUGUGUUAGACUGCCACCUGGUGGAUAGUAUCACGUGACACCAGAGGCCCCUGAGGUAACUCAAAAGAUAGAUCUCGAUGACAAGUCCCAUAACUCCUGCCUGUGGACCUUUCCUUUUCAAACAUUAUGAGUCUUAUGCUACUACAAUAUCUGUUGAUGAACACAUUACAACCCGUUUCAGAUCAGUUAAGCAGUCUUUAUUUUAUCAGUUAUGAUGUAGUGGUUUAUUCAGACAUUAGCCAGUGUUUGAACGUUAAACACCAGUGAUUCUUCUUGUUGUUGUAUGUAAUGUGACAAAAUUGCACUUUAUUAUUUGUGUCAGAUACUUUUAUUUACUUGUCUUACAUAUUUAUUUUGUAUUUUUUUUUCUAUUUAUUCUAUCUAUUCUAUCUAUUGAUCUUUUUAUUUCUUCAAAUGUUUUUUUUUUUACAUGUCACGAGCAAAGGGAAUUUCUGUUCUAGUAUUUAUGAAUUUCACAUCACCAUCAGAAUCUGUGUAGCUGCCCCAUUUUGUGUAGUUUCACCUCGGUCAUUCCAUGAAUCUCAAGUCGUAAUGUUGCUGUCAUGUCCAUCUUUCGUCCAAGUGUUUGAAUUUUUUACGACAACAACCGUCUCAGACUGCUGUUGUUCAUGGCAUUGCUACAUAUUUGUUUGUCACUGUUGUGGUGAAAUACUGAUGCAAAAAAAAAAACCCUCCAGUGAAGAAAUGUAAUAAAAUGCAGCGAAACCCC